GUAUUGUACUAUUAUUAUACUAAUCUCUAAUAUCUAAUAAUCUUCACGCACGACACCUUCCAACCCCCCAAAAAAAACAAGUCUGACAUCACCCUUCCUCAUUACUACUAAUUAAUCAAACUUAACAUCUUCUCAUUUUCAUUGCCCUGCGACUUUCCCAUUUAUCACCUCAUUUUCUGAUGAAAAAAGUUACACCUUUGGAAACGCCCAAGAGAAGAACCAACGAGAUCGAGGACCUUCUUCUGCUUCUGCUUCCGCCUUUUCCUUCGCGCUUCGGUGCUGCCCACCUACACUCAUUCCGUCCAAACCCCUUUUUGUCUGAAAAAUCAAACCUUAAUUUCUGCGUUUUUUUCUAUUGGAUCCAACUUCACUCGCCGGCUAGAGUUUCCCGAGGCACUACCCUAUUGGGUCUAAUCAUUCGAGUUCUUCGAUUAACGUGAAUUUGGGUCAGAGACCCCAUCAUCAGAGCUGGCAGGUGGUGGGUAAAAGAAAAUUUGCAGGUUGACCGGUAGAUAUAGCAAAGGAGAGUAGAAACCCUAGAAGAAGAAGAAGAAGAAAAAGAAACAAUCCCCAUAUAAGAAAAAGGAUCUAAAACCAAAACUUUCUCCGUGAGGUUAAAUGCCCUUAAGGUUAUUUUCCCUCUAAGAAAUCCUCGAGUCGUUUAAGGUUCCCAUGCCGGUUGACUUGGACAAUGUUUCCACAGCUUCAGGGGAAGCUAGCGUGUCUUCCUCUGGCAAUCUGACAGUGCCCCCAAAACCCACAACAAAGAAGAAGCGAAACCUUCCAGGAAUGCCAGAUCCGGAUGCAGAGGUGAUUGCUCUGUCUCCGAAGACCCUGAUGGCCACGAACCGUUUCGUGUGUGAAAUUUGCAACAAGGGGUUUCAGAGGGACCAGAACCUUCAGCUUCAUCGGAGGGGUCACAACCUUCCGUGGAAGCUGAGGCAGAGGUCGAGCAAGGAGGUGAGAAAGAGGGUGUACGUGUGUCCCGAACCAACGUGCGUUCACCACGAUCCUUCUAGAGCGUUGGGGGAUCUCACGGGGAUUAAGAAGCACUUCUGCAGAAAACACGGCGAGAAGAAGUGGAAAUGCGACAAGUGCUCUAAGAAAUACGCGGUUCAAUCCGAUUGGAAGGCUCACUCCAAGAUUUGCGGUACCCGAGAGUAUAAAUGCGAUUGUGGCACUUUGUUCUCGAGGAGGGAUAGCUUCAUCACGCAUAGGGCUUUUUGUGAUGCGUUAGCAGAGGAAAGUGCGAGAUCUCAGCCUCAGACUGUUGCAAAGGCUAGUUCAGAGUCAGAUUCGAAGGCUGUGACCGGUGAUUCGUCGCCUCCGGUGGCGGUGGAGGCUCCGCCGCCACUUGUACCGCCUGUUAGUUCUCAGUCAAACAGUGUUGUUGUACCAUCAUCUAGCUUGCAGACACAAAAACCAGAGUUGCCUGAAAAUUCCCCACAAAUCAUAGAAGAACCAAAGGUCAAUACUGCUAUGAAUGGGAGCUGUAGCAGUACCAGUACCAGCACUACCAGCUCAACAAGCAACAGCAACAGUGGUGCUAGCAGCAGUGUAUUUGCAAGCUUGUUUGCCUCAUCAUCAGCAUCCGCAACUGCAAGCCUCCACUCUCAAACACCAGCAUUCACUGACCUAAUUAGGGCCAUGGGGCAUCCGGAUCAUCCAGCAGACCUCUCAAGGCCUUCAUCUUCAGAGCCCAUUUCUCUGUGCCUAGCCACCAAUCAUGGCUCAUCCAUUUUUGGAACGGGAAGGCAGGAACGCCGUCAGUAUGCCCCACCACCACAGCCAGCCAUGUCUGCCACUGCAUUGCUGCAGAAAGCCGCCCAAAUGGGUGCAGCUGCAACAAAUGCCUCUUUUCUUCGUGGGUUAGGCAUUGUAUCAUCUUCUGCAUCAACGUCAUCAGUUCAGCAAGAUAAUUUGCAAUGGGGCCAUCAGCCAGUGGAACCAGAGAGUGCCUCAGUUCCUGCAGGUCUUGGACUUGGGCUUCCCUGCGACAGUAGCUCUGGACUAAAGGAGUUAAUGAUGGGGACUCCCUCCAUGUUUGGUCCAAAGCAAACCACCCUCGAUUUUCUCGGGUUGGGGAUGGCUGCUGGGGGCACCCCUGGUGGAGGCUUAUCGGCACUCAUCACCUCCAUUGGUGGUGGUCUGGAUGUUACUACUGCGGCGGCAUCCUUUGCUAGUGGAGAAUUCCCUGGCAAAGAUAUUGGAAGGAGGAGCACUUGAUAUUUUGGGUGCAAGGACUAUAUUUUUCGGGGCGAUAAGUUCUGGUUGUACAGUGUUAUGUGGUCCUUGCACAUUGUGAAGUUGCAGUUCAAUUGGGGGAGAAUUAGUAAGAAGAUAUAGUAUGCUCCUAUUGAGCAGUGCUACAGGCAAUUCUGAACGGGUCGUUUUGGAUUAUCCUAUGCCUCUAAUGUGGGCGGAAAAGAAUGUAUAUUUUUUAUUAUAUCAAAGAAGAGGCCCAGAGAGCCUUCUUUCCAUGAGUAAUGGCACGAGUUACAAUAUUAUGUUUACUCUGGACCACUGGAUUUGGUGUUGUGCAGAAGGUUGAAAUUGAUGUUGGGUUGGUUUCAUUGGUUGUAGCGACAAUGGUGAAUUUGAAGACUUCAUCUAGAGAUCUUUUGCUUAUCGGGCAUCUACAGUUUUGAAUUAAUUCUGCUGUUGGAUGAUUUGGUUGGUCCAUAAUAGUAGCCUGUAGACAUAAAUCAGGAAACUUCUAUGUUUUCUUCUACUGUUAGCAGUAAAUGGGUGGUUGAAUGUUUAUCGCGAAGAAUAUUGUCAUUAUGUUGUAAAAUUGUAUUCCAUUGAAGUUCAAUUUUUUCCCCAUGAAUCAAAUUCCACGUUAUUCUAGCAUCCCCUAGGAUGCAAAAUUGCAACCGUUGCCUAUAAGAUUGUAAUGGUGUAAUUCCUCACAAUAAAAAAGGAUGCAAAUAA